CUGAAAUUAUUCUGCUCUCCCAUUUUCUCGCUGCGGAGUCCAUUUUUGUGCGUGUUUUGUGCAUUUGGUAAAAAUCUUGCAAAAGGCAAAACAUAACAAACAAACGACCUGCUGGUGCGGUGCAUCUGCACGAAACGAAACCGUCGGUGUUCCGGAUUACCUGUGGUGGAAGCUUUCGCCGUUGGCUGGAUGGGAUAGUGUAGUUCGGAUUUUUUUCAUUCGAAGACGAAAAGCGAAAUCCCAUCUGGUCAUUGAUUUUUCCCUUGCUGUUGCCUGUGUGACUGGCUUCUGCUGCUGACGAUUGGUUUACCUCACCCUAGGCGGAAGGUUCUCAAUUUGGGUAGAAAGAAAUCAAAAUGGUAGGCGUUUCGGCCUCGGAGCGGAAGGAUAAAUCGGUCCCCCAUCUGUCGAGGAGCGUGCGGGCGGAAACCCGUGCCAGCAAGAAGGAUGACGUAAAGAAGUUCAUGCUGUCGAUGGACCGUGUCCGAAGGUGGGAGAAAAAGUGGGUCACCAUUGGGGAAACGUCGAUGAAGAUCUACAAGUGGGUUCCGAUUUCGUGCAAAGAAAACAAGAAAGGUGCAGGGUCAGGUGGUCUGCUGAAAGGCGUUACGGGGAACGGUGGAACCGGAACUGGCGGAGGUGGAGGGGGUGGAACCGGAAGUGGUACCAACGUGAGUGGAGGAAGCAGCGCCGUGGCCGCCGUCAAUAGUAGUAAUAGCAACAGCAACAGUAGCGAAAAUAAGGAAAACAGUCGAAAACCGACGGGGACGGAUUCGAACUCCAAUUCCAACUUUGCGCUGACCACGGAGGAUUCCAAUACCUGCUUCUCCCUCGUCAGCGACUCUCAGGGCGCGACGGAAUUCGUCUCCAACAUGCCAUUCUCGGAGGACAGCAACUCGCAGGGCUCGGAUAGUGUGCCGAAACGACUGAAAAGCGAUUAGGAGGUACCGAUUAGUAGUACGAGAUAUGGCUGAUGCAGAAAGAACUGAAGGAAUUCGGGAUGGAGAACUGACCAUCUACUUCCAUCCGGGACCAUCGUGAGCCUGUCCCUGUGCCGCGUGUUUUCUAUUAGUAAGUGUUUUUUCUCUAAGUUUUACGUUCCCAUUUUGCAAAAUCCGAAUAAUGAGAACACAUUCAGGAUACCGACCUAAAUUAUGUGAGCACGCAUUCGGAUGUUCUUAAGAAAUCGAACGCGUGUUGAAAUACAUUUACUUACCUGCCUGGUGGACAUCCUCCGAUGGAUCGAGUGUUGUUGUACAAAAAAAAAAACCAGUGGCAAUUUGUAAUGAUUGUGCUUGCGAAAAGAAGAAAUUAUGUAACAAAUGAACACUCACCUAAGUUAGGUACCUACUAUCUGCAAAGUCUCAGCUGGAUCUUAGUUUUUAACUAAAUAUACUCUAGACGUAUUCUCUAAGUAAGACAAACUCAACUAAAAAAAAAUCAUAUUCACCCCCAGGCAAUCCGCGCGACAUUCUCCAGUAGGAACACUUUCAAUGAAAGACGAUCACAAAUUUUGGAUUUUUUUGACAAACAUUAGUUGUGUCAUAGUGCUUAAUAAUUUAUUACGGUUUUUUUUGUUCCCACCAAAAUCAGAUUUGGUUUUUAUUUGUCUGAUGCGCGCAAACUCGUUUGUACAAAUCAAGCUAAACAGUGGUAAUUUGUAUAAAUUUCUCAAACACAAAACAAAAAUAACAGCAGCUUAAAACCAUCCUUUUUAAGAAUUUUCAGCUCAACAGAAGCGAUUGGUACUGUCUAGUUUUAGGGUACAGCUCCCGGCGAGUCGUCUCGUACAGGGGCUGCCAGACGUUGUUCCCCGCGUCUAGGUUGUUAGCAGCAUUCUCCGUAUAUUUUAGAAUAAUCUUCAUAAACCUGCGCGCGAGAUAUUGAGAGUUAAUAAAUACAUAAACGUUUAUGAUUGAGAGGACGAGACGGUGAUUGUAACGAAGCAAAAACAAAAAUUAUAAUAAUACAAACUUAUUUGAUCAUUGGAAAAGUAUGGCAAAUAAUAUAUUAAAAUCAGUCAGAUUUAUGAAAACAGAA